UCAGCCCAGGAUCAGCAUGGCCGUCCGCCUGUGGAUGGUUGCCCUGGCUGUGGCUGCCCUCCUCAUUGUGGAUAGUGAGACACCCGUGUCGGCGACAAUCCUGAUUUCCCCAAGAAUGCCCAUCUGUGAGCACAUGGAGGAGUCUCCUGUCUGUUCCCAGACAUCCAACCUGGUCUGUGGCACUGAUGGUGUCACGUAUGACAAUGAAUGUCAGAUCUGCUUGACCCGGCUGAAAACCAAACAGGACAUCCAGAUCAUGAAGGAUGGCAAAUGCUGAUCCCCAUAGCAGCCUUUUAAGCCACGAAGUUUCGGGCUAGACAACAGUGCUGGGAGUGAAGGAUGUGACAUGAAUAAAAGUUCCAGACCAACUCA